ACCGCAGUUUGGGAACGGUUCUUUUUGCGCCGAAAGUCGAUGUGGUGCUGUUGUUUAACAUGUAUUGUUUUAUAUAAAUGUGUAUGUUUUCAACCCGGGGAGAAAUACUAAUCUAACGUUAGACAAGACGCUGUGGCAGCCGUGAAAUAGGCAGUUUUUAGGAACACGCCAAACCCCGUUGUAAAAGUGGUUAAAAUCAGGCUAUGCGCGUUAACAAUGUUUCCUAAACGAUGACCAAAUAUAUUUUGGAUCCAUUACGAUGCGCUGGUAAAUUCGGGCGAUAUAGAGCAAACGAAACUCCAGCCACUAAUGAAUGAAUGAUUUGGACUAUUUUAGUUAAAUAACAGUAGCGGCAGAACCUCGUAGCUAAAACACGUGGACUGAUGGUGACCAUCACCUGUGUUCGUUAAAAGUGGGUCAGAGGUCACAAUGGGUCGCUCCUCCAAAGACAAGCGGGACAUUUAUUACCGCCUGGCCAAAGAAGAGGGCUGGAGAGCGAGGAGUGCCUUCAAGCUGCUGCAGCUCGACCUCGAGUUCAACCUGUUCACAGGUGUGUCCAGAGCCGUUGAUCUGUGUGCGGCUCCCGGCAGCUGGAGUCAGGUCCUCAGUCGGAAACUCAGAGGGCAGGAGGGGAAGGGCGACGCUGGGGAGGAGGUGAAGAUCGUGGCGGUGGACCUGCAGGCCAUGGCCCCCCUACCAGGAGUCACCCAGAUCCAGGGAGACAUCACCAAGGUGUCGACGGCUCAGGAGAUCAUCCGUCACUUUGAGGGUCAGCCGGCCGACCUGGUGGUGUGUGACGGCGCUCCGGACGUAACCGGGCUCCACGACGUGGACGAGUACAUCCAGGCUCAGCUCCUGCUGGCCGCUCUGAACAUCACGACUCACGUCCUGAAACCUGGAGGGACCUUUGUGGCCAAGAUCUUCCGGGGGAAGGAUGUGACUCUGUUGUACUCUCAGCUGAAGAUCUUCUUCAGCGGUGUGACCUGCGCCAAGCCUCGCAGCAGCAGGAACUCCAGCAUUGAGGCGUUCGUGGUGUGCCAGAAUUACUCUCCUCCUGACGGUUACGUCCCCAAUAUGUCCAACCCUCUGCUGGAUCAUUCCUACGACGUGGACUUUAACCAGCUGGAGGGUCCGAACCGCGUCAUCGUUCCCUUCCUGGCGUGCGGUGACCUCAGCGCUUUUGACUCAGACAGGACUUAUCCUCUGGAGUUGAAUGCUGACAAACCGUACCAAUACACCCCCCCCACCCAACCGCCGAUACGGCCCCCAUACCAGCAGGCCUGCCACCUGCGCAAAAACAACCUGCUGUCCAGGGAAGACGCUCCGUCCAACCAGAGUCAAGAGGAGGCGGAUCCACCGGACGAGUCAUCGUCAAAGGAACAGUCAGAGCAAUGUGUUUAACUUAGCAGGGGGAGGGAGGGAAUGGCUAGUCUUUUCCUCUAGCUACCUUUGUACCAAUGUUAAUUGUCGAUGAAAACUAUGACGAGAAAUUUGUUAACCUUUUUUUCCAUGACCUAGGACGAGACGAAAACUAUCUUAAAUAAAAACUGACUAAAUCUAUUCUAACUUUCGUUGACGAGACGAACAUGUUGGUGGUUGACGAAGUCACGAUACUUUUUUCCCCCCUAAAUUCGCACGCAGCUAACAGACAGACAAAGUACGGCGGAUAUUAACGCGUCAUGAUGACGUCAUCCACAAACCCAGAACGCUCGCAUCGGCGAGUUUAAAUGUGGCUUCAUUUGUUUAGCUCAGCUGUCUCGGUUUAGCUGACUUAGCAGGCUGAAGUCGCGCUGCUUCAGAAA